GAAUUUUCCUUGGCCUCUAGUCUAGCCUAUCGUCUUUGAUCCGAGCCUUAGAAACAACGCAAUUAUUGAUAAUAAUAAUACCAAAAUGUUUGCAAGUGGGCCGAAUUAUUCAAAAUUAAAAACACAUUUAAGAUUGGCUAUAAAUAGAUUGAAAUUAUUGGAAAAAAAAAAGACAGAAUUGGCACAAAAGGCAAGAAAGGAAAUCGCUGACUACAUUGCAGCAGGAAAACUGGAGAGAGCAAAAAUACGUGUUGAACACAUUAUCAGAGAAGAUUACAUGGUUGAAGCCAUGGAACUGAUGGAAAUGUAUUGUGAUCUUUUGUUGGCUAGAUUUGGACUCAUCCAACAAAUGAAGAAUUUGGACGAAGGUCUCGCGGAAGCUCUAUCAACAGUUAUUUGGGCAGCUCCAAGACUCCAGACGGAUAUUCAGGAACUAAAAGUAAUAGCGGAUAUUCUUACAGCCAAGUAUGGCAGACAGUAUACCGAAGCCUGCAGGGAUGAGGCGGUGCAUACAAUAUCUGAAAAACUCAAACAUAAACUAAGUGUUCAAUCUCCAUCAAAAUUAUUGGUUGAAAAAUAUAUAAUAGAAAUUGCCAAGAACUACAAUGUUGAGUAUGAGCCUGAUCCUCAAGUGAUGACAGAGGGGCAAGAAACAUUAUUGAUUGAUGUUGAUGGUGGAGGGCAGUUUCCCAAUAACUUGGACCUUGGUGGUGCUCACUGUGGUAACGCAGAGCCCGUUGGCUUUAUUGGAUUUCCACAACCACCUAUGCUUCCUCAACCUCCAUCUAAUUUCAGUGUAAUUGGAGGAGAAGACAAGCUCACAGGCAUACCAAUAGGUUUUGUUUCACCGGGAGCUCCAAUGGCACUUGAAAAAGAUCAAAAUAUUCCAUUCAAUCCUGCACAAUUCUCUUAUAAUAUUCCCUUGGAUAACGCAAAUACAAGUAAACCAGAGGAUGAUUUGCCACCGCCUUACUCCUUCCCUCCCGAUUUGAAUAAACAGUCGGAUAUGAAACCUAAACCACAGCCAAGAUCAAAAAUGACCAUGAAUGACUUUCAGCUCCCAGACCUACCAGCUGUUCCGCUAGAUAAUGAUACUCCAGGGUGCAGUGGUGACAACGAUGAUAUUGACUUUGAUGAUCUUAUGAAACGUUUCGAAGACCUUAAAAAGAGCAAGUGAAUCUUCUUAUUCCGAAAAACUUUGUUCUUUAUCAGAACACAUUAUUAUUUUUUAUUUUAUGAAUUGUUUCAAGUUUAUUCCCUAUUCUAUUGGCUUGUCCAAUAAUUUUGUUGCCUCAAGUCGUAUUAGCUUAUUUUACGUCAAAGAUUAUGUCGAAAGUAAAACAAAUUAUAGCAGAGGAUGUAUUUAUUUUAUAUCCUUUGGCAGUUAACUUUAACUAACCAUGUAUUUGUAAACAAAAGAGCUAUACAUUUUAUUUUUAUGACAAA